CGCCAAGUCAUAACGCUUUUGCCACGUCACUGUUUAAGUUUAGGGUUUUGGAUUCUUCCGGUGGAGAGUAGGGUUCUUUGGACGCCGCGAUGGUCGAUCCUGCGAGCGUCGCUGCCGCAGUGAAGGCGGCUCUCGAUUGCGCGCAAGAUCGUCUGGCAGCAAUAGCAUUUUUGGAUUCGAUCAAAUCGGGGGACGUGCGCGUGCUCGGAGGAACUGCAUUCGCGUUAUCGAGCCAAAAUCAGCCUCUCGAAGUCCGGCAUUAUGGAUUGAAGCUCUUACAACAUCUGGUUCGAAUUAGGUGGGACGAGCUCAACCAUGAAGAAAAAGGGAAGAUGACUGGCAUGGUGCUGGAUAUGGUAAAAGAAUUUGCUACUCCUCACGAGGCAUGGUCUAUGAAGAGCCAGACCGCCGCACUAGUGGCAGAGGUUACGAGAAGGGAAGAACCGGACGUUUGGAAAGGGAUGCUAAAAUCUCUACUUCCUAUAAGCGACAUGAGUCCUGUUCACGCUGAAAUGGUUGCUAUGGUGAUGCGUUGGCUUCCAGAAGAUGUGAUUGUUCACAACGAAGAUCUAGAAACCACGCGGAGGAGGCAAUUGUUGUCAGAACUUACAGAAAGUCUUCCCCAGCUCUUUCCAUUCUUCUACAAACUUUUGGAAAAACAUUUUGGCGCUGGGAUGGAAGCUAUGCAUUUGCAGCAAAUGGAGCUAGCGAAGCAGCAUGCCGCUGUUGUGACGGCUGCCUUACAAGCUGUUCUUGUGUACGCAGAAUGGUCUCCUGUCACCAACUUCUCUAGCUAUGGCCUCGUAGAAGCUUGUGGUUUCUUGAUAAAUUCGCCAGAGUUUCGUUUGGCCGCUUGUGAGAUUUUAAAGCAACUGCUAUCCAGGAGAAAGCCAUACGACGAAGAUGUCGAGCUCUUCAAUUCUGUGCUUGCGCGCGUCUAUGAAAUUCUUUCGUCCGUUUGCGACGCAUAUUUUGUUCAUUACGAUGGGGGUGGCAGUGCCCCUCUGGAGUUCGCGGAGUGCCUGUGCGAAGCACUUGUCGCUCUUGGGUCUCAAAAUCUGCAGGUGAUUUCAUCCAACAAUCAAAAGCUUGCAACGUAUUAUCGUCAGAUGUUGAAGUUUCUGCAACACUCUGAAUUUCCGUUGCAUGUUCAGGCAUUGCCAUUAUGGCUGGGACUAUUACGUGAUUCUUUAUCGGUAGAGCGGAACAAGGUGAUCAUAGCAAGACCUACAGUGGUUGUUCCGAUUGAAACCGCGAGCGUGCUACUUGAUGUGGCAUUUCAGAAGCUUCUAAAAGAUGGCCAGGAAGAAGAAUUCACAUCUGCGGUGGAUUAUAGCCAGUAUCGUGGCCGUUUGAUAGAACUAAUUCGACUGGUUGCACAUCACCAUCAUGACCUGGGCAUUACAAAAGUUGUUCAACGCCUUGAUGUUUUUCUGACGAAAGAGAAGAUAUCUUCUCAGGAGUAUUUCAUUCUCGAGAGUACACAUACCAUGCUGGAUGCAGUUGUAACCGGAUGUUUUGCACGUGGAGGAACGAGUGAGCUUCUGGAUGGUUUAUUGCAGCGAUUGCUGACCGUCCAUUGGAGUGAACCGGAGCUUGUGGAGAUCCACGCAAAGUGUUUUGAUGCUCUUGUGCCUUACAUAAAGAAUGUACCAACUGCAGUACCUACGGUGAUACAGAAAUUGUUUCAACUUUUAGUAACAGUGCCUGUAGUCUCAAAGGAAGCGAGCUCUACCAAUUCGAAGGCAAGAUUUCAAGUCUGCACAUCGUUUCUGCGUAUAGCAAAACUGGCGGGUCCAGCUUUAUUUCCUCACAUGCAGAUUGUUGCUGAAACAAUGACGAGGCUACAGCAGGAGCGCCACCUCCUUCGUGGGGAGUACAUAUUGUUGGGUGAAUCCUUAUUGGUUGCGGGUUCUACUGCCGGGCAGGAGCAACAAAAUCAAGUUUUGGAAUGGCUACUUGGACCAUUCAGAGAUUAUUGGUGUCACUCCGACUGGCAACAAAAGUAUCUGUGUGAUCCUGCUGGUUUUGUGCGACUACUGGGUACGACUACCACGGAAAACUUGUCUGGGGACGAAGGCAUGUGGUACAUUUUUCACAGCAUUCAUUUCUUUGAAAAGGCGCUCAGAAGAUGUGCGGCUGGUGUGGAAGGUAAUCCUAGUUCACAUCCCAUGGCAGUUCACAUGUCUUGGAUUUUGCCGCCUUUGAUACAGUUGUUACGCUGCUUGCACUCGCUGUGGAUUCCAUCGAUUCUAUCCACGUUGCCUCCGCCUGUUCGCCAAGCAAUACAUUUAAGCGCUAGUGAGCAAGCAUCGAUACUUGGAGAAUCUAAGACAGUCGAUCACAAAGAGGAUGAACUAAGAAACUGGCUCAAAUCUGUUCGCGACAGUGGAUACAACGUUUUACGUUAUGCAAGUUCUCGCUUAGGGAAUCAGUUCUUCGUCAACAUGUCUGGACUGAGUGGGCCUCUAGCAACUGGGCUCAUGGAGAGUCUUUCUUCAAUGGAAUUUCGCCAUCUUCGUUCCCUGGUUCACUCGGUUAUACAGUCAUUUGUAAGGUUUUGCCCGCAGUCUCUCCGAGAAGUCUGGCUCGGUCAGUUGUUGCCACCGUUACUUGUUCAUUGUCAUGCGACCCUGCCACUAGCCUGGGAAAACCUCGUGAGGGAAGGUGCUGUCAAGACUGGCACUUUAUUUGCAGUGGACGGAAGUUCGGGAAUCAAUACGGAACUCGUCGAGGAGCGUAUGCUAAGGGAACUGACUCGUGAAGUCUGCACACUUUUGGCUAUCAUGGCCUCAAGUGAACUCAAUCCGGAGCAGCAGCCGGGAAUGCUUUGUUAUGUAAUCCAGCACUCCGCUGCUGCUUUCGCAACGGUCCAUCUAGGAAUUCAGUCAUUGCAAUGGCCAGAUAGCGAUGCGGUUCACAGAGGUGCGGUUUUUUGUGGAGCUGUGAUUGACGUGGCUGGUCCACUUAACGACACCAACUUAAGAGAGAUCGUGGGGAAAGAUAUGUUCACUGCUAUAAUCCAGAGCUUGACACUAGAGUCGAACAGCGCAGCGCAUGCUGAACUUCUCGGUUUGCUCCGGGAAAUUCUAGUGAAACUAUCUCCACACACGUCAACGCCUAAA